AUGCCGCGGGCAACCAUUGGUUCACAGGACCCAACUCAGAGCCAGGGCACCCAAGGCUCGUCAUUCCAGCCAACGAUGGACACGGGUUACACCCGAGAGACCCACCUGCAACGCAUCGCCGAUUCCACGCCCCAGAACUAUCCGGAACCCACUCAAUAUGCUCACGUCCAUGGCACACAGAGUGUGGUCGAGAUCCAAGACAGUCAGGAGCAGGGCCAGAGGCAGGGCCAAACCACUACAACCAGCCAGAGCCAGACGCCUGUUCAAUCAAUCCAUCCAUCGCUGAGGAAUGGGAGUAACAGUGAUGAGGAUCUCACCUUCAACGACAGUGAUUCUGAGUCUAGUGAGACAGCAAUCCUUGCGCUUGAGGUUGAUAAGGAGGAGUCGCUGGCGGCAUGGUAUUUAAGGGCAAGCAACGAGCUCAAAGGGGACGCCAACGGCGCGAAAGCUGUCCUCCAAAUUCCUCGAAAGGCACGGGGUGUUGCAGUGGGCGAUCUCCCGCUCUCAACAGCGGCGAAGGUCGAAGUGAACAUGUUCAUUGCGGUGCAGAUUCGACUCCUGUAUAUCUGUGACCUCAGCAAGAUCCGCCUUAACGUGAUCAUGAAGUACUUCUUCAAGGAUCUAAAAGGUCAAGACCAACAAAACGCAUAUAUUCAGGCGUCAUAUAGGGCAAAUGGCAGCUUCAGCUCGUGGAAGUGCAGGACUCUUAAGGAGUUCCGAAAGUACAUUGCAGACCUGGCCGCGACUGACAAGGUGUUCGGCCAGUGCAGUGACAUCAGGACCAUCCACAUGUUACUCAGGGCUCAAUGGUCGCUGGACACGUUCCUUUCCAUUUUCAAGUUCGCCAAAGACACCAUUGACUUCAGGGCAUCGGACAAGCGUGUUGAGCGGUGGUGCAAGGUAAUCUUUCUUGACAUGGGCGGCAAUCUCAAAAUGGAAUGGAACUACGCCCACGGCCACAAGUUCCCUGAGUACAAGCUCAAGCCUGACCCGAAGUAUUGCGAGAGGAUGACGAGGAGACGAUGGAAUCUGUACGGCGUCAAUGAGAAGUACGACGCCUUACGCCCAAAUAUCGGAGAUGUCAAAUACAUCUACACGGCAGCAAAAGAACCAGCAAAGGUGGCCGGUGACAACUCCGGUGAUAGCGACAAAGAGAUCAUCGACGACAUGUAUAUGCCAGACGAUUUCUAGGUCCAGAAUGGUUCCGCUGUCACUAAUGCAUCGUGACUAUCCAACCGGAUUGGGUUUAUGGCGGUAUGGAGUUUAAUUUUCACAUUGAGGUUUGCCGCAUCAUGGGUCUGUAUCUGCAUUUCUUCGACAUAUUUUAACAGGCCACAUGUUUACAGAAUGGGACACAGUAUGGGAGGCUUUCUUCUUUUCACGCUUGAUCUGCUUGAUAUAAUGCGUAAUGGUGGCAAUGUUCUAGUUAAUGGCAUGAUGGUUGUUUCUAUGGGCGGCACUGGG